GCGCUGCACCUUUUCUACGGUAUCGCAAACGGCAGAAUGGACGAAUCCGGGAUCGACAUGGGUUUCGAUCUAGCAGCUCUGACAGCUGAUCUGGAGCAUCGGGAGGCAAGUUUACGCGACUAUCGAUGCUUCAACAAAGCAAACGGAGUUCCAGCAAUCGGUCAAUCGGAUAAUGUAAACGAGAUCGAGACCGAGAACGAAAACGGAAAUGGGAACGGAACCGGAACCGGAACUGGAACUGAAACCGACCAACACGACUGGGAACAGGCUCUUUCAUUUUUGUCGUCGCCGUUGCAAGACAUCAUGUACUACGAGUUGAAGAGCCGAACACCGAAUACCGCCAGUCCACCGACGUUCAAGACCGCAACGCCCACUUCUCGCACCCAAUUGAAGCUCCAGCUGAUGCGAGAACAGCUGCAGGAGCAGGAGAGGCGAGAGGCAGAAUUUCGUCAGAGUUUGCAGCAACAGAGACCAGCAGCUGCCCCUCCAAGACCUGUACCUGCCGCAUCCUUGUCGACCAUCGGGGUGGAUGUGCCGCCGCAAGUCUUGCAAGUACGUACGCUCCUGGAAAACCCGACUCGUUACCACGUUGUACAAAAGCAAAAGAACCAAGUGCGGCAGUAUCUUCACGAAUCGUUUCGCGGUGGUAGCGAAGAUAUCGAAAACGAAAACGAAAACGAAAACGAAAACGAAAACGUUUUUCGUGGAAACUCUGUCCAAGUUACGCCACCAUCCGUGCCAAUGGUCGUUCAGAGUGCACCACCGGGGCCAACGGUGCAUCAUCCGAAGCCGCAGCAUCCUCAUUUGGCCUCCUAUCCACACGCUCCGACCGCGACGAUUUUGUCGCACGGUAAUCCGGUCGCGGCCAGUCCAGACCCGACGACCGGUGCUAUGUCACCAGGACUUUCCAGCGUCGCAACUAGCAACUCUGAGGCGGAGGACCUGCUGGACGAUAUUUUAUCGUUCGAAGCUGGAUCCUUGGGUGAUAAUCUUAAGGAUAGUCAAACUGGAAGUCUGAGCAACAUUCCGGAACUGCAAAUCAAACCGGAACCUUUAUUGCUUACCGAGGCCGAGAUACACGCCCUUGCCAAAGACAGACAAAAAAAAGAUAAUCAUAAUAUGAUCGAGAGACGACGGCGAUUCAACAUCAAUGACAGAAUCAAAGAGCUUGGUACCCUCUUACCUAAAACGAACGAUCCGUAUUACGAAAUCGUUCGAGACGUCAGACCGAAUAAGGGCACGAUCCUAAAAUCCUCGGUCGAGUACAUAAAGCUGUUAAAAAACGAGUUGACCAGGAUGAAACAAAACGAAUUGAGGCACAAACAAUUGGAGCAUCAGAAUCGUCGACUUUUGUUACGAGUUCAGGAGUUGGAACUACAAGCGAAAGCUCACGGGUUACCGGUUUCCGAUUUUAAUUGGGCUUCCAGCUCGGCCAAUAUGCAGCUUCUUCCCAGGAACAAGUUCGAGCAACGCAAGAUGCCGGAGUUGGUGGCAGAAGAAGGAGCGAGUUUGAGUAUGUCGCAGCUUGAGGAUCUGAUGGAAGACGAUGCGACCGGUCCGAUUCAUAGUCGCGACCCGAUGCUCUCUUCUCCGCAUCUACCACCGUUGAGUCCAGCACCGACCGGAUGUCAGCACGGUCUACCGGACGAAGACACUCUCGGUAGUUUGGCAUCGACUACACCAAACUCUUCCUCCGACAUGGAUAUUGUCGCGUAGCAAACCCUGAACUGUAACAGGAAUCGCAAAACUGUUCGUCCCUUAGUAUUUCGAAUGCGAGUGCGAGUGCGAGUACGAGUGCGAGUGCGAAUGCGAGUGCAAACUCGGACGCGAACGUGUUUCAACGUUAACGUAGCGAGUUGAUAUCGUGUGAUAAUUGGAUAUAUGAGAAUUCUCGCGAGAAUGGGUUAUCAUUUUAACGGUUUAUCAUUUCGACAAAAUGAAUUUCUUAUUCUUCUACUGUUCUUCAACGGCUGGCCGUUACGCGCGUGCAAUUGUCUGUGCCCUCGAGGAAAACCACGCUUUGGACAACGUUUUCCUAUUGCGUUCGAUUUGAAAAUUUCUUUCUUUCUUUUUUUCUUUCGUUCGUUUCUCCGUCCGUCCGUCCGUCCGUCCGUCCGUCCGUCAGCGUCAAGGCAAUAACGAGGAGAUUUUAGUAUUCAACGUUCGUUGCUCCGAUUCCUCGUAAAAGGAAUUCGACUGACGCGGAGCCGAACCAUCUCCGGAUCGAUAUCGUCGACACGAUUAUCGAGAAAUACAAAGGCGCGUAAAACGACAGGCGAGAGAAUACUCGCGCGGGUCGCGAAUUUUUCUCUACUCAUGGAAUGGAAGAAAAUAAGACGAAACGAAACGAAACGAAACGGAACGGAACGGAACGGAACGGAACGCAUCAAAAUCGAAUUAUAGCUAUUUUUUCGACGCGCCAAAAGAGGUGUGCGCGAUAAAUGCUUAAGCUGAAGCAUAACGGUAGAACACGCUCAAUCAUCGUUGUUCAAAAGUGCUCGAUUUUGUCAGGAACGAGGCCAACGUCGAAAGUAGUUUGUGUCGCAACGUUUCAAUCUAGAAUCUAGACACUGUCGCUUACAAACUUCUUCACUCCCCCUUCUUACCAGGCUUCUUUUUCUUGGUCGCAUUAUUUUCUCUCCCUGUGGUGCUUUUCCUUAACGUAACGUAAGACGUUAAACUAUGCGCGAGAUCACAGAUCGAAAAGAAGCACGAAAACGAGGAGGAAAGGGAGAAGUAAAACGAGAGCGAGGACAAGGAAUACCUAGUAGAUAAACAAGAGUCCCUUUUCGAAACGUUCUGCAACCUUUCCGGAUGCGCAAUUUUCUACAAUCUUCUACAAUCUUCUACAAUCUACCAAAAGCUUGCGACGAAACUUGAUUUUUUUCGAGUAUUUUGCGUUGGAAACGGCGGCCGUUUCUCUCGCCGUUUCUCUCGCCUUGUGAUCGUUUUACUGAUAAGUAUACAAACAAUCAAACAUCGCGUUUUACUUUGUUCGCGCGCAUUAUUCGAUCAUUGUUAUCCACGGAAUCCGCGCGAGAAUCACGCGAUGUAUCUCCACGGUGCCCGCGAGAAACUACAGAGUAUAUAAAGAAACGUUACGAAAAAA